AUCGCUGAUCGCAAAUUGAAUUUUUUUCUCAUGAAUCUUUGUUUACUUGACAUUAAUGCAUUGAGCAUUUGUAUUUAUGUUUUUCCCAAUAUUUUUGUUAGUUAUUUGUUUUUCAACUCGAUCACAAGGCAACAACAACCGAAAAAAAAUAUGAAUUCACUACGUAAUUAUAUUCUAUGGCUGACCAUAAUCCUAUUCAGCUUAUUCAUCAUUUCAACAUUUGGUUAUAUUAUCAAUCAAGGAACAUGCGCUGGAAUUGGUGAAGUUUGUGGUGGAUUUCGUGGUGUUACUUGUUGUAAUCCGGAUUAUUUUUGUGAUCAUAGUCUUGGUACUGGUGGUCAUUGUAAUUUGGAAUCAAAUUCAAAUUUAUUAACAAUCGGUUAAUUGUUUUUUUUUAAUUUAAAAAUUUUUGUAUUUAUUGAUUAUAAAUUAUAAAAUUUAUUAAAAUGAUUCACAAGUAAAAUUAAAA